AUGGUGGUGAAUAAUAUGAUAGUUUCCAUGGUGGCCCAUGCAAAUCAAUCUUCUAUGAACAUUUAUCAUGUUGGUUCUUCGUCAACAAACCCCGUGGUGCUUCGUAAUAUUCAAGAUUAUGGUGUCCGUUACUUUGCCAAGAAUCCAUGGAUUAAUAACGACGGAAAGCCUGUCAUAGUUGGCAACAUUAAAAUGAUGAGCAACAUGGAUAGCUUCCAUAGAUACAUGACAAUUCGAUACUUACUUCCGUUGAAGGGAUUACAAAUAGUUAACGCAGCUCUUUGCCAAUAUUUUCGUGGAACAUACCAUGAUCUUCGGCGCAAAAUCAACUUUGCAUUUCGGUUGAUUGAACUUUAUAGGCCUUAUAUGUUCUUUAAGGGCAUCUUUGAUGACAAGAACGCAGAAAACUUACGUAAGGCGGUAGCGGAGAGUGGCAUUGAGACAGAUGUGUUUUACUUUGAUCCCAACUGCAUCAACUGGGAAGACUACUUCAUGAAUACUCACCUUCCUGGGCUAGUAAAAUAUGUAUUCAAAUGA